AUGCCAAGUGGCUACCAGAAACCGGCACGGUCCGUGGUGAUCAGGGACCACUUCCCUUCUCACUGGCAGGUUGGGGGUGGGGGCGCGAACCACGUAUUACACAAGGCGUCAUAUGCCUACUCCUUUGUUGUCGUUGUUCCCUACCCCGGAGAUCAUGUCAAGGCUGUCACAUUAAAGACUGGCCAUGUUCUCAAGGGAGAUGGAUCUUAUAUUCUUAUUGGUGGUACUGGAGGUCUUGGUCGAAGCAUGGCUAAGUGGAUGUCCGCCAGAGGUGCCAGAAACAUCGUGCUUGUUUCACGAAGCGCAUCUGUCAAUGAUAACGUGCAAGAGCUGAUUGAUGAAUUGGCCGUUGAUGGUACACACAUCACCAUCAAGGCCUGCGAUAUGAGCAACCGUGCUUCUGUGGAAAAUCUAGUCAAGAACAACAUGAAAGAUCUUCCCCCAGUGCGGGGUGUCGUUCACGGUGCAACAGAUAUUCUUUUCCAGAAGAUGACUCUAGAAGACUUCCAAGCCGUCGCCGAUAGCAAGGUAGAAGGAGCCUGGAAUCUGCACGACAUGCUCUCUGACUCCACACUUGACUUCUUCAUGGCUCUCUCAUCCGUGGCCGGUACAAUCGGUAACAGGGUUCAAGCAGCUUACGCCGCAGCAAACGUCUUCCUAGAUGAAUUCAUGGAAUACCGUCGCUCGCAAGGUCUGCCUGGAACAUCAAUCGAUCUCACCGCUGUCCGAGACGUCGGCUACCUCGCCGAAGUCGACAGCAAGAGUCAACAAGAUGUUCUCAAGAACAUCGGCACAGACGCUAUGGACGAAGCCGAAGUGCUAGCCCUCUUCGCUGCCGCCAUCACGGGAGAUCUGACAAAAUCUUGUGGCGAACACUGCAUCACGGGUCUCGAGCUCGGCAGCACGCUGGACCACUUCUGGGCGCAGAACGCCAAGUUCAGCAUUCUGUACGAGGCUAGGCGAAGCACGUUAGUUGCUGGUGGUGCUGGUGGUGGACCUGCCGUGCCGCUGAACACGCAGCUUGCAAAAGCCCCAUCGAAGGAAGAGGCGCUGCAAAUCUGUUAUGAGGCGUUGGCGGCAUAG